UGAUCGUAGUAGUGUGGCUAGUCUCUCGUAGUCCCCCGUAGCUGACCCCUUACCGCUUUCUUGAUGGCGGCGGAUUUAAUAAACCCUCCCGUCCCGCGUAAUUCGAGGGUUCGGUAAGUGUCACGACUCGUCAACAGAUUAUCGAAUGAGUUUUUUAUCCACGAUAUAUCUGAAGAUUCCUCCACAUUAGAUCUUCAGACCCCAGGAAGAAAAGAAAAAAGAAAAGAAAAAUCCCCAUCCACAUACCCUAGUUAUCAGCCACCCCAUCCAAGCGGCAAAAUUUGCAAUCUUAGAACUGAGGAGUCUUAUCAUCCAACUUGCCCCUAGGGCUUGUCAGUCUUAUUGUAAAUUCGAGAACAGCCUCCUGAAAACCAAAAGAAGACCAGGUGCUUCUCACUCUUGCCUGGUUAAAGAAUUUGUGGUGCGAUAAUAGCACCUCUCGUCAGAUUUUGAAUUUUGAAGAAAUCAACCUACAGACAACAUGGUUGAGAUUCUCCGCGUCCCGUCACUGGGACAGUCACUAUCACCACGUUCACCUGAUAUGAUGGAUAGAUUCCAUAAUAUGGACCUCGGACCCGGCUCGGAGACAUCGAUGGUGGUAUUGCAGCAGCAGCAGAAGGUGUCUGCGAAGGAAGCCAUGUCGAAGAAUGGCCUCCUCUGGACGCCUCGACGUGCCUUUUCCACAACUGACUACCCACCCUCGGUUAAUUCAUCGGUUGUCCUGCACAGACAACACCGCCUACCCACACCGGCUGCUACACCAAGAGAGUCCACAGAAGCAGACUCCUACUUCGAACCCCGCCCUCAUGUGUCGACUGCGAAGCCUGAGCUCGCAGCUUCUCCGGGCGUACUCACGCCGCGAGGCACGAACCAUGCCCAACCCAAACGGCCGCCCAUGCCAGCGCAGCUAAGGUCGUACUCAGUAACGGACGUCGAACCAGUUCCGUUCACGCACCAACCAGGCGUGGCCCUUACGCUAGAAGAUCUCCCUCCGGAGCUGCACUACGCCAUCUUCGACUUCCUGGACCCCAUCGACAGCACGUGCCUGGGGCUGACGAGCAAGCACUUCUACUCGAUCCACAAGCGGAUGUACGGGAAAGUGCCGCUGUCGGCGCGGCGGGAGGGCCCCAACGACAUGGAGUGGGUGUGGCGGAACACGUUCAUAUCGGGGCCGUUCGUGGCGAGCAGCGGGGUGGGCAAGCAGAACUCGCUGGCGCUGCUGUCGCCGCGGGGCCAGGUGUACUGCCGCAAGUGCCGGACGGCGCGCUGCGAGCUGCACAACCACAUCCGCGAAUGGGUCGGCGACGACAAGGAGUACUGCGAGGUCUCGCAGAAGUUCGGCCCCGCCGCCUCCGAGAAGGCCAGGGCUUUUUGUUACCGGAGCUCCCCGAGACAUCCGCACCGGUGCGGCAGACACACGCGGCAGCAGCGGCCCGUUCGGCUCGUGUAGGAAAGACCCACGCUUCACGGGAUAAGACAACGGCGGGAGGGUUGUUGAAAAAAAAGGGGGCAGUCGAUUAUUUUUUUCUAAAAAAAAAAAAGAAAAAAAAGAAAAAAAAAGGGUUGACUGGCUACCUCCUAAACUAAACUAACGCAAAGAUGGGAACCGAGAAACGAAACUUAUAAAGAUAUCUUGUAUUAAUUCUUGGGAAAGGCUUUGGAGAUACCUCACAUAAAACCGACCAAUAUUUUAUGAUAUUUAUUUCCCUCUCGAAGGAAAGAUUUAAGUCUCCGCUCCUCCCCGUGUCGAUGGAACUUGGUCCAAAAGGCAAGUGAUUGCGGGGUGCGCAUCUUGCAGGACCAAGUUUAAGGAAUCAUGAUCGGUCA